AUGAAAGAAGAUCAAGUUGUGCAGGAGGAAUCAAGAUUCCAAGAUGAGGAGGAAUCUUUGUUUCAAGACAUUGACCUGUUACAGAAACAUGGAAUUAAUAUGGCUGAUAUUAAGAAACUGAAGUCUGUAGGAAUCUGUACCAUUAAAGGGAUACAAAUGACAACAAGAAGAGCCCUCUGCAAUGUCAAAGGACUCUCAGAAGCCAAAGUGGACAAGAUUAAAGAGGCAGCCAACAAACUUAUUGAACCAGGAUUCCUAACUGCAUUUGAGUACAGCGAAAAGAGGAAGAUGGUUUUCCAUAUCACCACUGGGAGUCAGGAAUUUGAUAAAUUACUAGGAGGUGGCAUUGAAAGUAUGGCAAUUACAGAAGCUUUUGGAGAAUUUCGUACUGGAAAAACUCAGCUGUCUCAUACCCUCUGUGUGACAGCGCAACUCCCAGGAGCAGGCGGCUACUCAGGAGGAAAGAUUAUCUUCAUUGAUACAGAAAAUACUUUCCGUCCAGAUCGCCUUCGUGACAUUGCUGAUCGCUUUAACGUAGACCACGAUGCAGUACUGGACAAUGUACUCUAUGCUCGUGCCUAUACUAGUGAACAUCAGAUGGAGCUACUUGAUUAUGUAGCAGCCAAGUUUCACGAAGAAGCUGGCAUUUUCAAACUAUUGAUCGUUGACUCAAUAAUGGCACUUUUUCGAGUGGAUUUCAGUGGCCGUGGGGAAUUGGCUGAACGGCAGCAAAAAUUGGCCCAGAUGUUGUCGCGACUCCAAAAAAUCUCAGAAGAAUAUAAUGUUGCUGUUUUUGUGACCAAUCAAAUGACUGCAGAUCCAGGAGCAACAAUGACCUUCCAGGCAGAUCCCAAGAAACCCAUUGGUGGACACAUUCUGGCUCAUGCUUCAACAACAAGAAUAAGCUUGCGAAAGGGAAGAGGAGAAUUGAGGAUUGCCAAGAUUUAUGACAGCCCCGAGAUGCCUGAAAAUGAAGCCACCUUCGCAAUAACUGCUGGAGGAAUCGGGGAUGCCAAGGAGUAGGUGGGGAAUUGGUACAGAUUGCUUCUUAGUGCUUAUUAGGAGCUGGAGAAAUGGAAAAGCAGUCUUGAAUUUAUAUCUUGAAAUAAGAGUUUGGUUUUUUCCCCCAUGUGUUAUUAAAGGAAAGUCAGAAAAA